AUGGUUCUUGUACCGCUCAUAGCUGAAUUCUUACGUCAAGCUUACGGUUGGAGAGGUGGACUGCUCAUCAUAAGCGCUCUGAUGGCUAAUAUUAUCCUAGUUGGCAUGGCAAUUCAAUUGGAAUCAGAUGAGAGUAGCAGACAGAGAAAUGGCUUUCAGAGUGUCCCGAGUUCGCCACCAGGGUUUAGCGAGGGAGAAGAAAGCAACAUCAACACAAGUCGGGACACAGAAGAUGACGACAGAGACGUCAGCGGAGUUUUUCGCAGGAUCACCAACAGUCUACGCCAAUCUGAUUUUUACGUGGAUCCUGUGUUCAAUGUGUUAUUUGGUGUAACUUUGGCGUCGCAUAUGGUUUGGAGUGGUUGGCACUCCUUUCUUGUACCGCAUGCUCUGCAGAGAGGGAUCUCUGUCCGGAACACCAUUAUCAUCACCUUUUCAGCUGCAAUAGGGAAUACCUUCAGCAGGGUUGCUGUUGGUUUCCUUACCAACAGCCUCGUCAAACCUGUCACUCUCUAUCUCAUCGCUACAAUCCUGAACAUCGCCGCUCUUCUUUGCGAUGUGUAUUUCGUCGACUACUACGCCAUGUUGGUGACGACAUGUAUCUCCGCGAUAGCAGUAGGAGGGAAGGCGGUGCUGGGACAGCUGGUCAUUAGGGGUAGAGCGUCUUCCGAAAAGUUUGAUGUCGCGUAUGCAGUCGAUCAACUUUUUAUCGGAUUCGGGAUGUUUCUUGGAGGCUAUUUGGGUGGCAUGAUUGCGGAUCACUUCUCAUCCUACAACGCAACGUUCACACUAUUAGCUUUCAUCGAGGUCGUCGUUCUCCUUCUAAUCGUGGUCGUGAGAUGCAGACCAAAAGCAAACCCCGUCUGA